CCGCCUAGUUUCAAGAGGGUUCAACUUCUGGAACUGUUUUCUCGAAAGGGCUACAGGCGUGAUUAUACCUACUCUGUUCUUUGACAGAUUUUGUUUUUUAUUCGUCGAAUGAGUUAAAUGUGUCAGAAAUGCUGAGGUUUUUAAGUCGCAGGAAAAGCAAGUCGGAUAAAGGGUUGAGUAAUUCAAUCAAAAACCCAUCUCAGGCGACUCAACCAGUGAAACCAAACAAAAAUAUUAUCGUAUGCAAAAUCAUUGUUCUUGACGGGUCUGACCUAACAAUCGAGCUACAUAAAAAAGCAUAUGGAUCAGAACUGUAUGAACAAGUAUUUUAUUCCCUGGAUCUGAUCGAAAAGGAUUACUUUGGCUUACAGUAUACUGAUGUCAACCAUGUACAACAUUGGCUGGAUCCUACUAAAGCAAUUAAGAAGCAAGUCAGAAUUGGACCACCUUACACAUUACGUUUGAGAGUCAAAUUUUACUCAUCUGAGCCAAAUAGUCUGAGAGAGGAAUUAACACGGUAUCAGUUUUUUCUGCAACUGAAACAUGAUAUCCAGUCAGGUCGUCUAGAAUGCCCAUUUGACACUGCAGUCCAGCUAGCCGCUUGUUCAUUACAAUCUGAACUUGGAGAUUAUGACCCAGUGGUUCAUACACCAGCAUUUGUAAGUGAAUUCCGUUUUGUCCCUGAACAGACAGAAGACAUGGAAAUUAAAAUAAUAGAAGAAUACAAAAAAAUGAGGGGCCAAAACCCAGCUCAAGCUGAACUGAAUUAUUUAAAUAAAGGCAAAUGGUUGGAAAUGUAUGGAGUUGAUAUGCAUACCGUCCUAGGAAAGGAUAGCUGUGAAUAUUCAUUGGGAUUAACACCAACUGGCAUAUUGGUUUUUGAAAAUCAUCAAAAGAUUGGAUUGUUUUUCUGGCCGAAAAUCACCAAACUGGACUUUAAAAAGAAAAAACUGUCGGUAAUUGUUGUUGAAGAUGACGACGAGGGUCGAGAACAGGAACACACAUUCGUUUUUAGGCUUCAUAAUGAGAAGGCUGCCAAGCAUUUGUGGAAAUGCGCCGUUGAACAUCAUGCGUUCUUUCGUCUUAAAGGACCAGUCAAAGCGCACAACACACGGCAAAAUUUUUUUCGUAUGGGUUCCCGCUUUCGUUACAGCGGACGCACGGAAUAUCAAACCACCCAGACCAAUCGGGCUCGAAGAAGCGUUCAGUUUGAAAGACGUCCAAGUCAACGGUACGCUCGUCGACAAUCACAUGUCGUUCGCGAAAGGCAGCAGCGAGAUCGAACUACUGAAGAAGUUGCAGCUAAAAGCGUUCCUUCAUCCGCAACAGGAACCUCGCCUACGAGUGUCACAGCAUGUCAAUCUGAACCUGUCUACAAACCGUUGGCAGAAGUUGAUCAAGAUUUGAUCAUUCUUGACAGUAGUCAUGAAGAAAGCACUUUGAGUGCUAGUGCUUCGAAUGGCUUAAUCGUUGGGCUGAGUAAGAGCCCGCAACUCCAUGCACGUUCAUUACUGAAAUCUCCCGAAGCAGAUCAUAAGCCGCGUUUCAAAGACCAAAGUCUUGGUGAUGAUGGUGGAUCUGCUUCCGCAGAAGAUUUGGAAGAAAACAGAUUAGACACUUUGAUGAAAAUUUUAGCUAAAGAGUCAACAUCUGUACAAUUGGAGGAAGCGAACGAGAAGGGAAAAAUGGAAAUGGCGUCCCAUUUUAAACUUAACACCCUUCUUAUAAAUAUUCCGAAUAACCAGACCCACAAAUCGAGUAAUCAAGGCUCAGCUAAACCACUUGCCCCAGAACAACUCAAGUGUAAUAUUUUAAAAGCACGUGCUGAUGAAGAACGGAAGAAAGCUCCGACUACCGUGAAUUUGGAUGUGGGCAGCCAUAGCAAGCACACAGAUGGAGGAGCCAUCGCUUCUGAGUUGAAGCAGUCCAACAGUGGUUCAGUUGGUGGAGUGAAAAAUGAUUUUUGCAAUAACGUCGCAACUUAUGUUUCUGUGGGAGGAGACAAAUUAACUCUGCCUCUUCAUGAGAGUGAUAGAACUUCAGAUGACUCAGCUGCUGUGAUUUUAAACGUUGCAACCCCAUCACCAACUUCACCGCAAGUGAACAGCGAUCCUAGCUCCAUCGAAUCUCCUACAACUCCUGUCACCUUAACGCAUUUCCAACAAUCAGUUAAAGGAGAAAUUGAAAAAAAGACAGUUCCAGAGUCAAAUAACCCGUUCAGAAGUUCUCCCACAAGCUCCCCUAGGCUGAGAACUAUGUCUUCGAAAAACCCAUUUGUAGUAGACGCUCUUAACAGUAAUCCUUUCUUGUUGCGGUUGGCAAGUCCUGACCUCAGCAACCGUGCAGCUUCAUCGGCAGUUGCUUGCGAAUCUCCAUGUCCUGAGAUAAUUUCCCAAACGGUGACGGAACCGCCUGUUGUUGAGGACACACAGGCUGUUGGAGUGCAUUCUGAUGUAGUCAGCAGCAGUCCAACACAACUAUCUCCAUGGCACGUUCCAGAAUCAACCUUACCCAAGCCAUCUUCCAUUGUAAUGAAGCGAACUGUGGUUACCGAACUUUAAUGGUCGGAGUUGCACUUGCUUUAUUUGCCCAUUGUAAAUAUUCCUUUCUUUAUUCUCCAGAUGCUUCAAUAAUGUCCUCGCCCGACACGUUUUAAGAUUCAAAUGACCUCUUAUAUGUAAUGAACUUUACCGUAACAAGCCUUUUACUAUAGUUUAACGUGUGGCAUACGUGUGGCAUAUAAGAGAGUGCUACCGUCCUAUAGUUUAAACAGCAAUAAUAAUUACCCGUUAGUAAACGUUAGGCACUUCGUUUAUUCGUAGACAACCCUACGUCCGUGUCCUUGGUUGAAACGGUUUGCCAUCCUUACCUUGUGCACUGGUUCGCACUUUUUUUAAAAUUUUUUUAUUCUACAGACGAUGUCUAUUCCUCGUUUAUGUGCUGUAUGUUUAAAAAUAUCAUAACCAAUUCCUGUUCCGUCCCCAUGCUCCUUGAGAGUUUCCUCCAUUAACUGUUUGCAGGUUUCUACUUUAUCCGUCCAACAGCGGCAAUGCGGAUCGCGGUUGCCUGCCUCAUUCACUUACAGUUGUGUGUGACACUUCGUAUUAUACCAUAUGUGUGUCAGACAAAAGUUUAAUUAUUAAAUCGUAGCCUCAGUAUUGGGUGCAUAGUGGUCUGCCAUUGCUUGUUUUUUUUUAUCAUGUUUCAUGCCUAAAGCUGGUUCCAUUAGUUAUUUCUUCAUAAUACACUGGAGUUUCUGUAUCAA